AUGGAUAAAGCCCUGCAAAGGAUCUACCACCUGCUCUUCUCCGUCUUCGAUGCGCUACCUUCUGUGGGUGGGGCUGGUGGCACCGACACAGAGGUGACAACAGCAAAACAGCAAGAAGUUCUCGGCCUCCACUGCCGAAUUUUUAGGCUGGCAAGGAAAUGGCAGGCGGCGCCAGGGCAGAUGGAAGACACAACUGAAGAAAAGCAGCACAUGCGAAAUGAAGCCAGGAUGCUGUUCCAGAAAAACAAAAAAUGCAUAGACACAGACCUGAUUGAGCAGUGUAGAGACGAACACACGGCCAGGACAGAAAUCGGACAUCACCAGAUUCCCUGUGCAAGGCCAGUUCAUCUGCCUGCAGUGGGGCUUACCCCACUGCAAGGCGGGCUUGGAAGCCAGGAAAAACUGAGGAUACGUUUUGAACUCUGACUCAAGUCUCAUGAUGAGGUUUCCUAA